AUGUAUCCCAGGAUUAGGGAGUGUUUGACUGACUUUAUGGACCAUUUGGAGAGAUUGGCCCAAAAGAGAGCGGAAAUCAAUUUAAAGGACAUGUACGGCAACUAUACGAUGGAUGUGAUCGCCACCACUGCCUUUGCCACCAACACCGAUGUUCACAAGUCGUUGGAUAAUCCGUUUGUAGUGAACGCUAGAAACCUUUUAAACUUAAAUCCAAUCAAAAGGAUUGCGUUACUUAUGUUGCCAUCGGUUUUGCAACAAUUGUUUGGUUUAUCCCAAUCCGAGAGCAGAGAGUUCUUCGUCCGAUCUAUUCGUCAAAUUAUGGCCAAUAGAAAGAAAAUUGAGGCCAAAAAGUAUAACGACUUUUUGCAACUCCUUAUUGAUUGCGAGAAACAAAAUGAUAUCAUUCGCGAUGAAAACGAUAAAUUAGAUUCACAUCACAUUAAUGAAGGCGAAGAAGAGCUCUCGGCUGAGAAAAAAGCGCUAAAUAUAAAUAUUGUUGACAAACAUUUGACUGACAACGAAGUGAUGGCUCAGGCGAUAGUGUUUUUGUUGGGCGGAUAUGAGACGACAUCCAAUUUAUUAUCAUUUUGUUCGUACGAAUUGGCACUCAAUCCACACAUUCAGGACAUACUUUGCAAUGAAAUCAAUUGUGCCAUCGAUUCCAACGGAGAGAUACCGUACGAAGUGUUGGCAAAACUGCCGCAUUUGGAUGCAGUCAUCUCAGAGACACUUAGACUUCACUCACCGUUUCUACGUUUGUCACGAUUGGCCACAACUGACUACCCGUUGGCCGACACCGGCAUCACAUUGAGAGCCGGACAACAAAUUGAUUUCCCAAUACAAGCGAUCCACAGAUCGGAAGAGUAUUAUGAAAAUGCUCAUCAAUUUAACCCUGAUAGAUUUAUGCCCGAGAAUAGGCAUAAGAUAAUUCCCUAUACAUACCUGCCCUUCGGUGCCGGUCCUCGCAAUUGCAUUGGUAUGAGGUUUGCAUUACUCAACGCGAAGUUAGCGUUGGCUCAUAUCGUAAAGAAUUACACAUUUUUUCCAACGCCUAAUACUGACCGUCCGAUUCAUUAUAUGAGAGGGAUAUUGAAUCUAACGUUUCCUCAAAAGCUUAUUGUAGGCAUUGAUAAGAGAUGUUAA